GCUUGGCACCGAGCCGGUCAUUCGAGGACUUGAUGACGGCCAGCUGAGUGACGCCAGUCAGCACUUUGGGUUUUUAUUGCCCGUGAAAAGUAAUUAUCCCGUGCUGUUUGGAGGAAAAACUGCCACGCCACACUACAGCAAUGAAAGCAGUGCGAAGUUUUUCACUGGUUGUCGUCCUGACGCUUUACAGCCUGACGGAUGUAAGCGGUGACAAGAAUUCCAAAAUCGUCGGAGGGGAGAAUGCACAGGAACGAAUUCCGUACCAAAUUUCCCUGCAGAUAAUGGCCAGCUCUUUUUACGGGUUCGGCCCAAUGAAAUGGAUGCACAACUGUGGAGGUUCGGUCGUUUCAAACAACUACGUAAUAUCGGCCGCUCAUUGCCUGGACGGACUUGCUGCUUCCCGCCUUUCGGUUGUGGCCGGAACGAAUGACUUGCGAAAUGAUGGCAACCAAGGAACGCGGCAUUUGGUCGAAUGGUUCAAGAUCCAUCCGGACUAUAUUGAGUUGAAUCGAAGUGACAUUGGAAUCAUUCGGGUGAAGGAACCGUUCACAUAUGGUGCCAAGGUGCAACCGAUCAAAUAUUCUCAAACGGAAGUUGGUGGUGGCGUGGAAUGUUUACUGACCGGGUGGGGCUACACAAUGCCCAUACGGAUUGGAAAGACGCCUCAGGAUUUGCAACAGGCCCAGAUGACGACGAUCACCAACGAAGAGUGUCAAAGUCGGGGAUUUCCGGUGAACCCGACGGAAAUUUGUACGCUCACGAGAGUUGGGAAGGGUGCAUGUGGGGGUGAUUCUGGUGGUCCACUCGUAUGUAACAACGAACUAGCUGGUGUAGUAUCGUAUGGAACACGGUUCUGUGGUAUCGGAUCCCCGGAUGUGUUUACCCGUGUUUCCGAAUUCAAAUCUUGGAUAGAUGCAAAUCAGGUAUAAAUUGUUUCUUAUCCACAAAGAAGGCUUGAUGAUUGUUCCUGUUUAGUGUUAAUAAAACUAUGAAUAUAUCUUGUUGACGUACUAUUUAACUUAA